AUGGAUUACACUAAGGGUGGCUUAAAACAGCAGUUGUGUUAUGCUAACUUGUGGUGGUCUGUUUCCCAUCAGGCACCAGCAGUAGCUUUUGCCCACAAAGGAUACCACAUCUUGUUGGAGAAGCCGAUGGCGGUCACAGCUGAGGACUGUAAAGAAAUUGUUCGUGCAUGCAAAACAAGCAAUGUCAUCCUUUCGGUAUGCCAUGUCCUACGUUACCACCCAGUUGCCCUGAAGAUAAAGGAACUGCUGAAUGCUGGGCUUAUCGGAGACAUCUGCCACAUUCAACAUCUAGAACCUGUUGGAUUCUGGCAUUUUGCACACUCCUUUGUGCGUGGCAACUGGAGGAAUGAAGCCGAAAGUUCUUUUUCUUUGCUGGCCAAAUCUUGCCAUGACAUUGACCUCAUUAAUUUUUGGAUCGGCAACAAAAGAUGUCUUAAACUGUCUUCUUUUGGCAGUCUCUCCCAUUUCACCAGAGAGAACAAGCCCAAAGGAGCUGCCAGUUGCUGUUUAAACUGUUCGAUUGAACAAACCUGCCCAUAUUCUGCUAAGAAGAUCUAUCUGGAGCAGGCAAAGCAGGGCUGCUUUAGUUGGCCUGUGUCAGUGGUGUGCAAUAGUGGUGAGUACGAUAUAGAAUCGCUGACUGAAGCCUUGCGCCAUGGCCCAUAUGGAAGGUGUGUUUACGAAUGUGACAAUGAUGUUGUUAGUAACCAGGUUGUCAAUAUGGAAUUUGAAGGAGGAGCAACAGCUGCCUUUACCAUGGUUGCCUUUACAGAGAAACUGGGGGUAAGAAAGACCACCAUCUAUGGAACAAAGGGAGAGCUCUCCUGUCAAGGAGCAGGACCUGUGGAGGUUUUUGAUUUCCUCCAAAAGAAGAAGAACAUCUUUCCUCCCAAUAAGAUGCCCUCUGAGCCAAGGUGCUUAAGCGGACAUGAUAGUUCAGACUAUUACCUGAUGGAGAGCUUCAUUUCAGCCAUAGCCGAGAAUAACCCAUCUCUGAUUCAGACUGGCGCGGAAGAGACCUUAAACUCUCACCUUCUUGUGUUUGAGGCGGAGAGAUCCAGAAGAGAAGAUCGGGUUGUGUUUCUUGAAAUAUGAAGGGAUCCAUGUGCCUC